ACCGCGAAAUGUCAUUCAUGUGACAGUGACAAAAGAAACGACCGUUGAAAUUCAAACAAAAAACUGAAAUUUUUUAACUACUUUGAAAUAUUUUGCUUUUUGCUACAAAUAAAAAUUUUAAGGGCAGACAGGGAGCUUUUUAUAAUUCGUUGAAUGCAUAUUAUAUUGUUAUUUUGUUAUAUUGUUAAUUGAAGAAUGGCUCAUAAACCAACUUUAAAGGAAGAACAUGUUGUUUCAAAUAAAGAAAAUGAUCCAAAAACUAUAGUGCAGGGAAAUACAAAACAUUUUGAUGGCCAGAAACAUAAAAAGCCUAUGAAAGAAAAUGUACAGGAUAAGGAUACUAAAGUGGAAAAUAAUGGUAAACAAAACUCAGAUGGAGCGACUAGGCAAGAAAAACAAAAGUGGACCUUAGGAGAUUUCGAUAUUGGUAAACCUUUAGGAAAGGGAAAAUUUGGGAAUGUGUAUUUAGCUCGUGAGAAGAGAUCGAAAUUUUUAGUUGCUUUAAAAGUUCUUUUCAAAUCUGCUAUUAAAGAGUUUAAUAAUGAACAUCAAGUGAGGAGGGAAAUUGAAAUUCAGAGCCAUUUAAGGCAUCCUAAUAUUUUAAUAAUGUAUGGUUAUUUCCAUGAUGAGACUAGAGUUUAUCUAAUUCUUGAAUAUGCACCUAAUGGAGCACUUUAUUCAAAAUUAUCAGCAAGUCCAAACAAAAGAUUCUCAGAGGCUGAUUCUGCUGCAUAUAUAGAACAAAUUGCAGACGCAUUAAGGUACUGCCACACCAAAAAAGUUAUACACAGGGAUAUAAAACCCGAAAAUCUCCUUCUUGGUGCCAAAGGGGAAAUAAAAAUAGCAGAUUUUGGUUGGUCAGUACACGCUCCAUCUUCAAGAAGAUCAACUCUAUGCGGCACCUUAGAUUAUUUAUCUCCUGAAAUGGUAACAGGCAAAACACAUAACGAAAAAGUAGAUCUAUGGAGUCUUGGGGUGCUGUGUUAUGAAUUUCUGACUGGCCGACCACCUUUUGAGUCCAAAAGUUAUGACGAUACAUACAGAAGGAUAAGCAGGGCCCAAUUUACAAUACCACCUUAUGUAUCAGCAGAAGCCGGUGAUCUUAUUAAGAAAUUAUUGGUUGUGAAACCAGAACUGAGGCUUGAAUUGGGCCAUGUACUAAACCAUCCAUGGAUCUUGAAGUACAAAACAAAAUAGGGCAAAAUUUGUGAUGUUUUUAUAUAAAAUGUACUGACUUCUAUAUACUAUCUGGUAUAGGUAAAAGAUUUAUUUAUAAAAUUAUGUUUUUUUUAAUAAAAAUUGAGAAAAAAGGUUGCGAGGA